AUGCCCCCCGCCGACUUCAACUGGCAGAUCACCCUCUCCGGCAAAGUCAUCGCCAUCACCGGCGCCAACCGCGGCAUCGGCCUGGGCAUCGCGGAAGUGUGCCUCGCCAACGCGGCGCAGCACGUCUACUCGCUGGACCUGAUGGACCCCGGGGAGGAGACCCGGGCGCUACAACAGCGCUACCCGAACUUCCACUGCCUCGGGGCGGAUGUGACCUCCCAGACGAGCGUGGAGACGGCGAUCGACCGCAUCGUGGCGGAGACGGGCCGCAUCGAUGGGCUCGUGGCCAACGCGGGCAUGACGCAGCAUCAGCCUGCGUUGCAAUUUGACAGGGAGGAGGUGGAGCGGUUGUUCGGGUUGAAUGUCUACGGAUCCUACUUCUGCGCCCAGAUCGCGGCCCGCAAAUUCAUCGAGCUGGGCAUCAAGGGGUCCAUCGUCAUGACGGCCAGUAUGACCUCUUAUCGACCGAAUCGCGCCGCCCCGUCCGCGCCCUACGGCGCCACCAAAGCUGCCGUGCGCAACAUGUGCCACACCCUGGCGAUGGAAUGGAGCCCCCACGGCAUCCGGGUCAACAGCGUCUCGCCCGGGUUCGUGCGCACCGCCAUGACCUACUACGUGGAGACGGCGCCAGACUGGCCUCAAAAGAUGGAGAACUACGGGGGCAUGCCGCGGCUGGCCGAUCCGCGCGAGCUGGGCGGCGCCUAUGUCUAUCUGUUGAGUGAUUGUAGUUCGUAUACGACGGGGAUUGAUAUUCCUGUUGCUGGGGUGGUUGGGGCUUGGUAG